CUAAUGCCCUAAAGACUGUGCCCCCCUUUGGGAGAGAAUAGGAAGUGGUUUUAUAAUUUGGAAGUAGAAAAAUAGGGCCACAGAUAAGGAUCAGGGAAAAUGCUGGCUUGCAUUGUUUUUCAAAGUUGGUGUUUUUGUGACCCCAGGACUGGUUCUAGUGGUCCUUCUUUCCAGAAUGAACAAUCCUUCAUCAGGUAGUUAACAUCUUCCAUUUGCUAGGGUCUUUUAGUUCUUUAUCACAUACACUGAUAGUUAAGUCCACAAAACAAAGGAUGGCACAAAUCAACCGGGAAUGCAGCCACCUCGGAGGCUGAACCUCGGAGCCCUGUGGGAACUCAGGAAGGAAACAAAGAAUACCUGCCAUCUAGCAACCACUCCCGAGAGCGAGCCCCCCCACCCUGCCCUCCUUGAAACUCAGGCUGUGAAAACACAGAACACUGGUGGAGAUGCACAUCAAAGGAUGAUUUCAGUGAGCCUAGACAUUUGCAUUCUUUCAUAGAAAAGCGCUAAAUUUCCCAACUUUAGAUAUCUGGUUUUCUGUAAUCUUUCCUUCCUACUACCUGCCCUUUGGCACUCAAGGGAGGUCAAGGAGGCUGAAUGAGGCCUAUUUCCUAAAAAGAAAUGGGGACAGAGAAAGGCUUUUGUGCCCAGGAGCCCCAAAGGGCCCUGCCCGGUAAUGUUACCAGGCUGUACAUUACAUUAUUUUUUCAGUAUUAGGUUGUGAGAUGUAUUUAAAUAAAACAAGCAAUUUGAAAUUUCCAAGAUACUGCAAGUUUCUAUCAAGAUUAUGUUUUACUGCAAGUUUCUAUCAAGAUUAUGUUUUUGAAGAACAUAAUUUCAUAAAACAAAGAGGGAGGAAAAGAAACAAAGGCACUGUUUCCGCCCGGUUUCGAACCGGGGACCUUUCGCGUGUUAGGCGAACGUGAUAACCACUACACUACGGAAACCUUCCUAGUAACAAGCUCUCUGAAGUUUGUUGAUAUCGCUAUUGUAACAUGCAGCUUGAGCACUUCAAAGUAGAUAAAGGAAUUUUAAACAGAUCAACAAAACAAACGAACAAAAAAAGGAAAAUAAGCAUAGAUCCAAUUAAAUAGUACCACUAUUUCAAAAGUUAGAAUUUGCAUAUGCUUUUUUCAAAGGUAGUUAGAAACCCGGCACGCGUUAUGUGCCUUUCUUUUGGGUUUAAUUCCCUCCACGGAAAAGAAGUGUUGUAUUAGUUUCUUUUCUCCUCGUUUAGCUGCUGAGAGUCCCGGAUGAGUUUUAGGGCUUUGGCCGGCUAAGAAGGACCCGCAGCACGCGAACUCGCGCACCAACCUCCUUAGCAGUCAUUUAGCUAGCGAGAAAGUAACCGGUUCAGCCUCUGGUGAAGGGAUGUGUCAUUAGCUUUUGAAUCUUCUCUCCUGCUUAGGUACUUGCUUUAAAAUCUUCUACAUGGUGUGUAAAAUUGAGGGGGUUAAAAAAAAAUAAUAAUCAGACACCAAGAUGCACUUUGGCGCACAAUGAACAUAAAUUUUUCUAAGUCCGAACUUCAUAUGACGUACUGAAUAUCGUUUUCCCCGUGAAGAAGCAGACACAUUCUUCUGCCUAAAAAUCAAGAACUUUUAGGGAACCAGAAAUGAGCUUCCAUAUUACACUGCAGGGGGUGGGGGGAUAACGUAAUGGGAGUGCUAAAAAAAAUUUUUUUUUAAUGUUUCUACUAUUUUGGUUUUGAGUACAUUUUACUUAGAAACCACGAGAAACACAAACUAUUGCCCAGUAUAUAUAAAAACCAUAAUCAAAGUAUUUUAAAUCCACUUUAAAUAAUAGCACUUUUUUCCUUUUUAUUUUUAGAAGUUGACGAGGGUUUCAGAAGCAUAGGCUGUGCUUCCCCUCUUAAAACUUUCACCUGUCAAGGCUCUCCACCUUUAUUCCAGUUUCUAGGGCUCAUUUCGGGGCUUCCCAUAGGUCCCUGGACCUAUUAAUCAGAAUUUAAUGGCUCUGAGAAAUAAAACCUUUUAUGUUUCAUUGAAGUACUAGAGAAAGCCUCUCGUGAAGGAUUAGAUUUUUAUCUUUGGGGAGGACAAUCGGGUUUUCCCGAUAUUGGUAUUCCAGGAUUCCAACGGGAAAGGAGUAGUCCAUCCCGGGUGAGACGCAACCGUGGGUGGCACUUCAGACCACACCUUGAGUCCACACAGCCCACGGGCUUGGGCUGUCGCCGCACCAGCCCCGCUCAGGCCCCGUGGGGCCGUGCGGGGGCCUCUAUGACGCGGCGUUCCAGGCCCUCGGCCCCCGCUCAUCACUUUGCGCGCUUCCCGCUCAGCCUGCAGCCAAAACAGCCGGAGCGGCCGGGCGACAGGAGGCUGCGGCGGCGGCAUGAGCUACUACCAGCUACCGGUGGUGAUCGACAACGGCUCAGGAGUGAUCAAGGCUGGCCUGGCUGGGUCCCGGGAUCCUCUCUUUAUCUACCCGAAUAUCAUCGGCCGCGCCAAGGGCCAGACCUGGGCUGUUGAGGGCGCGCAGGAAGUGUGCGUGGGAGACCAAGCUCAGGAGCGGAGACACUCCCUUUCCAUCAGCUACCCAGUGGAGCGUGGUCUAAUUACUUCCUGGGAAGACAUGGAGAUCAUGUGGAAUCAUAUCUAUGACCAUAACCUGAAGCUGAAGCCCUGUGAUGGCCCAGUCUUGAUUACCGAAUCAGCACUGAACCCAUUGGCCAACCGGCAACGGGUCACUGAAGUGUUUUUUGAGCACUUGGAGGUUCCUGCUUUCUAUAUGUCCAUCCAGGGGGUGCUAGCUCUCUUUGCUGCUGGCUUCACAACUGGCUUUGUGCUGAAUUCAGGUGCUGGAGUUACCCAGUGUGUACCCGUCUUUGAGGGUUACUGUCUGCCUCAUGGUGUCCAGCAGCUAGAUCUGGCAGGCCUUGACCUCACCAACUACCUGAUGAUGCUGUUGAAGGAACACGGCAUCAUGCUGCUUAGUGCUUCAGACAGAAAGAUUGUCGCAGACAUUAAAGAAACCUCUUGUUAUGUGGCAAUGAACUUUGAAGAGGAAAAGGCCAAGAGAGCUGACUCUGUAGAGAAGGGUUACCAACUACCUGAUGGGAAGAUAAUCAAGCUCCAUGACCAGCUCUUUCAUUGUCCAGAGGCCCUCUUUUCUCCGAGUCUCAUGCACCUUGAGUCCCCUGGCAUUGAUAAGAUGUGCUUCAGCAGCAUAAUGAAAUGCGAUACAGAUCUGAGGAAUUCCUUUUUCUCCAAUAUUAUCCUUGCUGGGGGAUCAACCUCUUUCCCUGGUUUAGAUAAACGGCUAGUUAAGGAUAUAGCAAAGGUGGUACCUGCCAACACUCCUGUGCAGGUUGUAGCUCCCCCAGAAAGGAAAAUAUCAGUGUGGAUGGGAGGCUCUAUUCUUGCAUCCCUGUCUGCCUUCCAGGAUAUGUGGAUCACUGCUGCAGAAUUUAAAGAAGUUGGACCCAACAUAGUACACCAAAGAUGCUUCUGAAUACAGAUAACAUGGUUAGAAGGAAACGUUUUGAGUAUAUGUGACAGAAAACUUUGGAUAUUAUAUGAUUCUGGGAGAACAGAAAAUAUUUCAAUUAUUGAAAUGUCCAUGUCUCUAUUGCAUUUCCAUAAUGGUAAAGUUGUCAAAUAACAUGUUUAUGGCAUAGAGGAGAUAUUCUUGACCUUGGAGCUUACAUUUCCUUUAUUUAUUUAAUUUGCUUUUUUUUUCAGGGCUGCACACGU